AUGGCCUUCUCAUUUAGCUCAACGACAUCCGCCCCUUCCUCGGGAUUCACCUUUGGUUCGACACCUGCGGCUUCCCCUGGGUUUUCUUUUACGAAUACUUCGUCUACUCCUAGUACCUUUAAUUUUUCUGCUACUCCAUCUGCUCCAACCACAUCAAGUGGAUUGAAUUUCGGUACAAUUCCAACAUCAACACCAUCGACAACUUUUCCCUUUGGUGUCUCCUCUGCUCCAGUCUCAACUUCUAGUUUCUUUGGUCAAUCCACUCCAUCAACAGGAUGUAACUUUGGUGCGACAACAACUUCUACAGUUGGUCCUCCGAUUACAUUAGAAACAGUCUUUGAAGCUUUACCUGAUGAUGUCAAGAAGAAUAUGACACAAUUUUACGCGUUUUUAAAAGAACAAGACCACUCAGAUACAUUUCUCAAGACUGUAUCAUCUCGACAAUUAGAACUUUUGCGACAAAAUAUUGCACGAUUAGAACAAGAAGUUUUAGCAAGACGUAAUGAACAAAAUCGUCAGAUAGCUGCAGUUCAACAUGUACGUCAAGAUGUUCGCCAUUUAUUACAUCAAGUGGAUACUGCUACUUUAACUCGUCGUAGUUUGGAGAAUAGUGCCAGUGGACCAUCGAAUAUGUACCAUGUGAUGCGUCAGAUUGAAAUGCCAUCGCCGUAUUAUUGGGAUUUAGUGGAUCACUAUGAACACAAGAUGGCGAGAAUUAAGGCACAAAUUGAAGAGUUAGAAGCACAAUUCAAGCCUAUAAACAACGAACAGAAGGCUAUUGCACCGAAUCAAUUGCAGCAGAUUUUACUUGCACAAAAUACAGCACUUAUGCAUGCUGCGGCUCAUGUGGCGGAAGUUCAUGACAAAGCUGAAGAAUUACGUCAAAUCUUUUUGACAAAGAUACGUGAUGAAUUCGCUCGACAUGGUGAAAAGAAUUUGGCUGCGUUUCAAAAUCCAUUUGAUAAACGUAAAAAGAGCAGUGAAGCUGAGAAACAAAAGGCGAUUGACACGUUUCGAUUCCGUACGACUGUCGCUCCCACGAUUGUGACUUCACAACCGCCACCUACAGCUCCAGGAGGAUUUGGUUUUGGUACUACAACGACGUCAUGUGCUCCAACAAGUGGAUUAAAUUUCGGGACAGAUGCACCAGCGAAGACUGUGUCGUUUAAUUUGCCAAGUACAUCGAGUGCUAUUGGUACACCACUGACAGUAGGUGUCUCAGCCCCUACGAGUGCAUUUGGUUCAACUUUCUCUUCGACAUCUGACAAAACGGUCACUACAGGCAAACGUAAUAGUCAAAGAAAAAAAAGACAGCAAAUGAAGGUUGAAAAUGUAGACGAUUAG